AUGAUGAGAACAAAUUUGCGGAACGGCGAUUGCACAGUCUAUUAUUGUCGUAAAUAUCAAUUUUCCGCUUGUCAAGAUGGUGCUAUCACUACUCGUAAAUAUUUCGGUAAAGGUGGUGAAUUUUACGAAGUUAAAAAUAUGGAUGCAUUUAAUGCUACGAAUGAGGGAUUUGGGUGUCAACAAUUGCGUUAUUUGACAACGGUGGACAAAAAUAAUCCCCACUUACAUUACCAAGCGGAAAAAAGAAUUAUACCCUCGUUUAUGUUCGUAAGCGAUGUACAAUUUAUAAACGAAAGUGUUCAUUUUGAAUUACAUUUCGGCGCUGAUAUACACAAAGGCGAUUUGGGCGGAGAGGAAGGAAGAUAUAUUGUAUUGGAAUUUAGUAUUUUUGAAAAUGAUUAA